AUGGAGGUUGUAACACAUUUUGUGAAUGACACUGUAGAAUUUUACAAAUGGAGCCUUACUAUAGCAGACAAGCGGGUGGAGAAAUGGCCGAUGAUGUCGUCUCCCUUACCCACACUGGCCAUCAGCUGCCUGUACCUGCUCUUCCUGUGGGCGGGGCCUAGAUACAUGCAGGACCGCCAGCCCUUCACGCUGCGGAAGACUCUCAUAGUCUACAACUUCAGUAUGGUCGUGCUCAAUUUCUACAUCGCCAAAGAGCUCCUAAUAGCCACCAGAGCAGCAGGAUACAGCUACCUCUGUCAGCCGGUCAGCUACUCAAAUGAUGAAAAUGAAGUCAGGAUAGCAUCUGCUCUGUGGUGGUACUACCUCUCCAAGGGAGUGGAAUUCUUGGACACAGCCUUUUUCAUCCUGAGGAAGAAGUUCAACCAGGUCAGCUUCCUCCACGUCUACCAUCACUGCACCAUGUUCAUCCUGUGGUGGAUUGGCAUCAAGUGGGUGCCCGGUGGACAAGCAUUUUUUGGGGCGACCAUCAACUCUGGAAUCCAUGUCAUCAUGUACGGUUACUAUGGCCUGGCCGCACUCGGACCUCAUAUGCAGAAGUACCUCUGGUGGAAGAAGUACCUCACCAUUAUUCAGAUGAUCCAGUUCCACGUGACCAUCGGCCAUGCCGGCCACUCCCUCUACACCGGUUGCCAGUUCCCCUGCUGGAUGCAGUGGGCUCUGAUCGGCUACGCUGUCACCUUCAUCAUCCUCUUCGCUAACUUCUACUACCACGCGUACCGGGGAAACCCCUCCUUCUCACUGAAGGGAAGCAAGCCCGUAGCAAACGGCACCUCUACGGCAACUAACGGUCAUAGUAAAGUGGAGGAGGUGGAGGACAACGGGAAAAGGCAAAGAAAAGGAAGACCGAAAAGGGAGUAA